UAGGAACGAUGUCUGCUCCAGGUUGUGAACAUCUAAGAUCAGUGCAUAGUUACCGUAGCCUUCCUGUUGAAAUGCAUCCGCACUCCUUUGAUUCUGGUCUUGUUCUCCGUGAGCAAAAUUGCAAUAUAAACCGGAGAUCACAGAAUCGAUACUUUGAUAACUUGAAUGGGAGUUUCUGUGAUGUGACUGAAACACUGGAUGAUGACUCCUAUGAAGGUGACAGUGGGAUCCCUGAUAUGACACUUGUGCAGAAGAUUGUGAGCCAGGUGGAGUUCUAUCUCUCGGAUGAGAACUUGUCUCGUGAUGCUUUUCUGCUCAAACAUGUGCAGAAGAAUAAAAUGGGUUAUGUCAGCAUAAAACUACUCACCUCCUUUAAGAAGGUGAAGAAUCUUGCACGUGAUUGGAGAAAAACAUUAUAUGCUCUGCAGUUUUCAGAAAUUCUUGAGGUUAAUGAGGAGGAGACAAAAGUGAGAAGAAAAACGCCAAUUCCAGAUACUCUUUUAGGACUACCUCCCACUAAACUACUUCUAGCUUGGAAUUUUAGCGAUUCUGAGCAAAGACCUUCUAUAUGCCACCAGACCUUCAUGGAGAUUGUCACAGCUCUAUUUGCACCAUAUGGGGUUAUAACAUCUGUUCGUAUUUUGAAACCAGGUAAAGAGGUACCUUGUUAUGUUAAAAAGUAUAUAUCCAGGUACACUGAACUGACUACCAAAAAAAGUGCUCUUGUAGAAUUUGAGAACUUGGAAGGGGCCCGUAAAGCCCUUGAGGCAUAUUGCAUGGAUCAACACUCAGUUAGUGAUUCUUUAAAAGUGAUACCAGUAAGUAGUCGUGGCAUACGCAAAAAUAGUGGGAUGGAAUCUGAUGAAAUUGAAGACUCUUAUUUGCCUAGCAAGAAGGUGGCAAAGAAGCAAAAUAGAGUCUCGGAAAGACUUCAGUAUGCCAUGGAAGACAUAACAUUUUACAGUUCAUCUGAGUCAGACAGCACACCUGCUUCUCCUGUAUCGACACCCCGUUACCUCUCCACUUCAAACCUCACAAGCCCAAAUUUAUCGCUUAAGCCACUUGCUUUCAGUAGUCCUCGAUCCAGUCCACUGCUGGUACGUAAAAACUUCUCCCAGCCUUACCAUACUAAUCCCUCUCCAUUGGCUACUGAGCUCAUGAAUGGUGGUUGUUUCAGUCCUGCUACAAGCCCAGAAAUGUGCCGCAGGAUAACCGAAUAUUCUUUGGACAGUGGUAUUGGAUCUUAUAGUCCUUGGGUGCAAAGACGCAGAGCUGCUGCCCACAACCUGCGCAUAGACAACAAGUCUUUACCCUGCAGCCCUCUAGCAGUGAAAUCUGCUGCUUCAAGUGGCCUUCCCAGUGGAGUACUUCGUCUGCCACGAGGUCCGGAUGGAAGUAAAGGCUUUCACAACAGCAUUGGCCGUGGAAAGCUAGUGUUAAGACACUAA